AUGGGUGGAAGUACUGUAUUCGACAAUUCAACAUCAUUGGUAAUUGACCCAACAAUCAUUGGACUAAUGAAUUUAUUUAUAGAUGGUCAAUUUUUAAAACAAAAUGGUAUCGAUAGAAUUUAUGAAUUAAAACCUGGCAAACUAGACACCGAGAAUAAAAAUAUCAUCUAUCUACUUAGACCAAGAGUAAAGUAUAUGAAUUUCAUCUCAGAUCAUAUCAGAUCCCAUCUAUAUGAAUUUAUGAAAAAGAACUACUCAAUCAUCUAUUUACCAAAAGUAGACCCAAUUUGUAACAGCAUAUUAGAAGAGCAAGGUGUUUAUGGUAACUUUAGCACAAUUACAUCAAUGCAGCUAGAUUUGAUACCAUUCGAUAGUGAUGUUCUUUCAAUGGAGCUAUCUAAUUCUUAUAGGGACUAUUUAUUAGGAAAUGAUAAAUCGAUAUGUUAUGAAAUUGCCAAAUCUAUAAAUAAACUUCAAUCUCUCUUUGGUAUAAUUCCGCUAUUAAAAGGAAAAGGAAAAGCUUCAAAAUCAAUUGUCGAAAUUUUACAUCAUCAGGAAUCAAACUCCCCACAAUUUAGAUUAGAGGUUUCAAAAGAAAUAGAGUCAAUUCUUUUUAUUGAUAGGGAAAUUGAUUAUGUUACAACUUUAUGCACACCACUUACCUACGAAGGCUUAAUUGAUGAAUAUUUCUCAAUUAAUAACAAUACUUUAAUGGUGGAUACUCAACUUUUAGUCGAUAGUAUGAACUAUGCAACACCAAAGGGACAACCAAACCAAAUGAACCAAGGAUCACAAACCUAUAGUAAAAGAUCACAAUACCCAUUACACUCUGGUGACAAGAUAUUCAAAGAGGUUAGAGACCUGAACUUUUCAAGCCUAAUGGGUGCAGGUGGUGUAUUAAACAAAAAGGCAAAACAACAAUUUGACGAUAAAAAACAACUCACAGGCAAUGAAAGUAUUACAGCUAUCAGAGAUCUAAUGAAAAGAGUAAAUGCCUCAAAACAAGAAGAAUUUUGCUUACAAGUUCAUGUUGGUAUUGCUGAAAAGAUACAUGAAAUCACAAGCUCAACAUAUUUCCAAAAUCGUUUAGAUUGCGAACAAAAACUUCUAUUAGGUUCUGAUGUAUUUUUAGCUGAGAAAUAUAUUCAAGAUUGCAUCAAUAUAAAAGACCCCAUUCUCAAAAUACUUAGAUUAUUGGCAUUAUAUAGCAUCACCAACAAUGGUUUACCACUAAACGAUUAUGAAACAAUUAAAUCAAAAAUAGUCACCAACUAUGGUAUGGAUAUACUCUUCCCAUUAAAUCAAUUAGAAAAAAUUGGACUAAUUCAAAUUCGAAAGCAACAAGACUCAAAACCACUAUUAAACUUCGAAUCUCUAAAAGAAGAGUUAAAUUUAAUAGUUGACGACAUCGAUGAAACCAAUCCAUCAGAUUUUUCUUAUGUUUAUUCAGGUUAUGCCCCAAUUCUAAUUAGAAUCAUUCAAUAUUCUUUAAACUCCUCAAGAAUUGGUUGGAAGUCAAUAGAAAACUCAUUAAAACUAUUACCUGGUCCAAAUUUUGAAGAAUCUCAAGUUUAUUUAAUAAAUAAUAAUACAAACAAUAACAAUAGUAAUAAUCAUAUUAAUAACAACAACAAUAAUAUUAAUAGCAAUAAUAAUAAUAAUCUAAACACAAGCAUAUCAUUAGUAUUUUUUGUAGGUGGAGUUACAUUUUCGGAAAUCAGUGCAUUAAGAUUUUUAGGUAAACAAACAAAUAGGAAAUUUUUAAUUUUAACCACAAAACUAAUUAAUGGUGACUCUUUAAUACAAAGCUUUUUAGAAUCGCCUUAA